UGGCUCGGGACCCUUGGAGGCCAUGAAACGCCGAGGCCGCGAGGAGGAGGAAGCCUGCGGCGUGUGGCUGGACGCGGCGGCGCUGAAGCGGAGGAAAGUGCAGAGGCAUUUAAUCACAUCAAAUACCAAACUGCUAACACUCUUUCCUGGAGACAGAACUAAAAUUUCUUUUCCUCAAAGAAGAACACCACCUGUAGGUGUUCGGCAGACCAGCAUUGCUUCCUUCUUCACAUUGCAACCAGGAAAGACAAAUGGUGUUGACAAGAGAAAUGCUUCGUCUCUUAGAGAGAAUCAAACUAACCAAGAGUCUAAAGAAGAUGUAACCCAACUAGAUCAUCCAGUCCAGGUCACAGAGAAUGACUGCAUUACACCCCCUUUAGCCACUUCAACCCCUGCAGACAUCCAGGAAGUUGAACUUUCUCACUCCUUCCAGGAUGGCUGUCCCAGAACAGGAACCCCAGUUUUGACUGUGCCAUCUGCAUUGCAGCCUGACACCUUAGUCUGUGACGGAGAGAGUAAAGCCUCACUGACUUGUCCAUUCAUUCGUGAUUUGGAAAGUUCUUGCUUGCUGAACCAAGAGGAGGAAGAGGAUUCUUUCUGGAAAAGGAAAUGGCUUCGUGGAUCUAAGCAAAAUAACUAUCAGGGUGUUGGGAGACACAUGAAACCUCUUGAGGGUAAAAGCCAACAUCCUUUGGAUAGAACUAAAUUGGGAAGACUGUCUGCUAAAGAAAAUAGGCAGGCUCCUAUCCUUCAAACAUACAGGGAUUCCUGGAGUGGAGAAAACACAGAAUCAGUGAAACAAAGCCCUGGUCCUGGUCCUAUACUUUCCUGGGACACUGGAAAGAAUGAAGACUCUUGGAGUCAGCUUUUCACUGCAGAUUCUCAGGGCCAGCAGGUCAUUGCUCACAACUCUAGAUCUCCUUUCCGAGAGGUCACCAACAAAAGGAAUCAGGACCUAGAACUGAUCUCUAAUAGCCCUCGGGCUAAGUGUCAGGAUGGGGCCAUGCAAUUAAGCCUGCAAUCUGAUUUGCUUUUUACCCAGGAUUCUGAAGGCAAUAAGGUUAUCAAGCACCGUAUCUAAAUGUCUUUAGGAAGAUCUGGUUGUGAAUAGACCUUGUACAAUUGAGAGGGUAAUAUUUUGACAUGGAUGGGAAGGGAGGCAUGGUGGUAAAGCUGUCAUUAUUGAGCAUUUUAUUUGUGGUAACUAAGGUUGUGGCACUUGUAGAAAUAACUAUUGACAUUAUGCCUUUCAUGGUGGCUGGUAAAUUCCUUGAAUCCUAGAUAGGGACCACAGGUAGAACAGACAUUUCUCUACUGAAGAAAGCUACUGAUAUUGCAUACAGCCAUUUUCGUUCUUUCAGAUACCUGAAAGACAUUGCCUAUUACGAAUGUUUUAUUUUUAUGCUACACCUGGGGGUGCUCAGGGGAUAUUCCCAGUUUGUUGCUUAGAGGUUGCUCCUAGCAAAGUUCUGGGGACCAUGCAGUUUUAGG